UUAUGACGUAGUUUCCGGUAUCACGCCCGCGGCCCGACUCACCCAAAAAAAAAACAGUCGAACUGGCAAGGAGCAGUCAAAAAAGGGGUCGAAAAUACUCAAAACAUCUACAGUAAGUUAACGUUGUGUAUGAAUAAACCUCCCGUCCCUGGUACUGUCAUGACGUUCGUAUUAUCAAGACAAGUAGCAAACAAACGUUUCAUGAUAUGCUAACGUAACGUUAGUUUGGCUAAUAGCUAGCUACAUCUGCCAGCUAGUCUAGGUAGCUAGCAACACUAAUCUCUGGCGUUUUGAUAGCACAACGCUAGUGAGACUAACGUCUAUUUGUCAGAUAUGCCAAAGUAGUUGUCAUACAAUUAUUUUCAACAUAGACUAGUUUUGGUAGCUAGUGUAAACCAUAAACAAGUAGCUAGCUAACUAGUGUCUGGCUGGAUGGCUCGUUUUGUCAUCUGUAUGACGCAACGCGACAGGUGUUCUGAAGUCAAGACUCGAAUGUCUCCCCCUGAAUUGUUGCUAGCUAGGUCAGGGGUGUCAGAGGUCCAGUGUCUGUGUUUAUCCGUGACUUGUCUGUUGAAUAUAGUUAAAUGCUGACUAAGCACUUGAGCAACAAUGUUUUCUUCAUACAUAGGAUAUCAUAAUGAUCAUCAGGACUGGCUGUGUGUAUCACUCAUUAAUUACAUUAUAAAAGCAUUUAAAAGUAUUAGCUAGCUAGCUAGCAAAUAUCCCUGUUUUUUUAAUAAAUUGACAUAAACAAUUCCAGACUGUCACUGUGUGAUAUUUCAAUCUGUGCAUGUCAAUACAUUUGAGGAGCCUAGCUAGUACCACAAGUAAGGACAUUCAAAAAGAUUUGAUUAAUAACUGUAUGUUUGAGAAGUAUCAUCUCAAUCACUUUCUCUCUAUUUGACAGAACCCCAAGAAGCAUAGCUGCUUCACUCUCCACCAGGAUCACAUCGUGAUUGGACACAGAACUGUCUCCCCACCAAUGAUAGCUCUUUAGAGGGGAAAUUACCCUGUCCACCACAGUUAUUGGCUGAGCUGGACUUGUGGUCACAAUGAUGAAGAGGAUCUGAGGGAGUCUUCCUCCUCAGGUGUAGGAGGCGAGCACUGUCUUCUCCCAUCCCCUGGACACACCCAUUAAUAUGAACCAUGGACCCAGGAGCAGUUGACAGUCCCGUCACCUUAGUCAUCAAGGCCCCCAACCAGAAGUAUGACGACCAGACAAUAAACUGUUUUCUCAACUGGACGGUGGAGAAACUGAAGAGUCACAUCUCUAAUGUGUACCCAAGCAAGCCGGUAAGUGGGUACUGCUUUUUUUUUGUUUCCUCAUCCCCACCAUUCCAUUAUCUAAGUGGAGUGGAUAGGGCAAGGGGAACCGUCCGCCUGGAGAGCUACUGGGUGUGCAGGCUUUUGCUCCAGCUCUGCUCUAGGCCUAACUCUCAAAGGAAUAACCACAGUAAAAGUAUCUGCAAAUUAUACUGAACAAAAAUAUAAAUGCAACAUGCAACAAUUUCAAAGAUUGUACUGAGUUACAGCUCAUAUAAUCAGUCAAUUGAAAUAAAUGCAUUAGGCCCUAAUCUAUGGAUUUCACAUGAUUGGGAAAACAGAUCAGUCAGUAUCUGGUGUGACCACCAUUUGCCUCAUGCAGCGCGACACAUCUCCUUCGCAUAGAGUUGAUCAGGCUGUUGAUUAUGGCCUGUGGAAUGUUGUCCCACUCUUCAAUGGCUGUGCGAAGUUGCUGGAUAUUGGUGGGAACUGGAACAUGCUGUAAUACACGUAGAUCCAGAGCAUCCCAAACAUGCUCAAUGGGUGACAUGUCUGGUGAGUAUGCAGGCCAUGGAAGAACUGGGACAUUUUUUAGCUUCCAGGAAUUGUGUAUAGAUCCUUGGAACAUGGUGUUGUGCAUUAUCAUGCUGAAACAUGAGGUGAUGGCGACGGAUGAAUGGCAAAACAAUGGGCCUCAGGAUCUCGACACGGUAUCUCUGUGCAUUCAAAUGGCCAUCGAUAAAAUGCAAUUGUGUUCGUUGUACGUAGCUUAUGCCUGCCCAUACCAUAACCCCACCGCCACCAUGGGGCACUCUGUUCACAACGUUGACAUCAGCAAACCGCUCACCCACACGACGCCAUACACAUGGUCUGUGGUUGUAAGGCCGGUUGGACGUACUGCCAACUUCUCUAAAACGAUGUUGGAGGCGGCUUAUGGUACAGAAAUUAUCAUUAAAUUCUCUGGCAACAGCUCUGGUGGACAUUCCUGUAGUCAGCAUGCCAAUUGCACGCUCCCUCAUAACUUGAGACAUCUGUGGCAUUGUGUUGUGCAACAAAACUGCACAUUUUAGAGUGACCUUUAAUUGUCCCCAGCAGAAGGUGCACCUGUGUAAUGAUCAUGCUGUUUAAUUAGCUUCUUGAUAUGCCACACUUGUCAGGCGGAUGGAUUAUCUUGGCAAAGGAGAAAUGCUCACCAAUAGGGAUGUAAACUAAUUUCUGCACAAAAUUUGAGCAAAAUAACAUUUUUGUGUGUAUGGAACAUUUCUGGUAUCUUUUAUUUCAGCUCAUGAAGCAUCGGACCAACACUUUACAUGUUGCGUUUAUAUUUUUGUUCAGUAUAGUAUUGAAGUAGACUUACUUCUCUAGAAUUUGAGGAAGAAACAAGCCACAGAUGUCUCAAGUUAUGAGGGAGCGUGCAAUUGGCAAAUGUUUCCAUCGCAUUUUCAACUCUACUGGUGGUUUUCUCACAAAAAAUGUUGCGCUAUAUAGCGAGUGUGCCCACUCUGGUAUUGGCACGUGCGCUCUAGCCAACAGAGCAAGCGCACGUGCACGUAUAGCCUACUUGAUGAGAUUAUUUAGAUUUUUCAAACGGAAGCCAAGCAUUGAUUAUCAUGUCACCAGAAUAAGACCCUCAAUAUUUAUUGGAAAGGAGCAUUAAACUCAUCACCUUGCACUUUAAUCACCCUGUGAAGUUCAUCAUAACCUAUUUAAUCUGUAACCUAAUAAACUGCAUCGCGUGACUCCAAGUUUACUUUGAUAUGUUGGUUAUUAUAUCAAUAUUUGCGCAUAAAAGCAUUUCCACCGACGUUAAGCCUUAAUUCAUUUUACAGACACAAAAAGAUCCCACCUUGUCUAGCGUAUUUUGUUUUGUCGGAAUUUGGAAAGUUUACCGAAAAACGUUCUGUUUCAUCAUGCCUGUCAUUACAUGUUUUAUCCGACAUGUACUUUACUCACAUAGAAAGGUUGGAUGGAAACCUGGGGAUUUGAGGAAUGCUUAUCUCACCCCACACCUUCAUAUUAUCCCACACCAUGUUUUCUCUAAAGACAGCUGAUUCCUCCCAGGUACAAAGCCUAUUCUGUUACUGAUGUCAUGUACUGUCACUGUAUCAGAUCAGUGAAACAUUUAGGUCUAUGGUUACAAUAGUACUUCUGUAUUAAUAAACAUACAUAUGUAUGUGCAAUAAAUAUUGCCUUACCCCACCACCUUGUUGAUAUACUUUCAGCACCAUUGUUCUUGGUCCUCUGUAGCUCAGCUGGUAGAGCACGGCGCUUGUAACGCCAAGGUAGUGGGUUCGAUCCCCGGGACCACCCAUACACAAAAAAUGUAUGCACGCAUGACUGUAAGUCGCUUUGGCUAAAAGCGUCUGCUAAAUGGCAUAUUAUUAUUAUUAUUUAUUAUUAUUCUUGCAAAAUUAAGAGCUAGAGACAUGUUACAUUUCCAUAAUUUUUGUAUUUGGGGCCUAUCAGCCCAAACUAUGUGAUUUUAAAUGCUCUAGUAGCGUAUUCUGCAACAUAGGCUUUCUCAGACUGACAGUUGUGUUGUCUUAGUCAUCCAAGGAUCAGCGGCUGGUAUACUCGGGUCAUCUCCUCCAGGACCACCUGCAGCUGAGGGAUGUCCUCAGGAAGGUAAACACCACCCUCGACCUUGUCUCUGUUUUUCCACUGUGGCAUAUGGUCGAGAAGUUGGGAGGAUGGUGGACUAACACUAUAUCUGAAAUGUUAGAAUUGGUAUGCAAUAUCACAGAAACCUCACUCAACAUAACAGACUGACUGCUGACCAUUUAUUGCAUAGGGCUCACCCCCUUGUGUGUCUGUGAGAGAGGGUGAGCAUGAGGCAGAAAAGACUGUGACGGUAUAACAAUAGCUGAUCUGAUGUAGUAAGCAACAUUGUUGAGGUUGGCUUUGACCCUGAAUUCUAGCCUCUUCCCUGAAAUCCCCCCCCCCCCCCCCCCCCCCCUUCUCUCUCCCUCCCUCUCUCUCUCACUCCCUCCAAUCACCAAAACAGAAUCAAAUGAUUAAUUACGCCCCUCUCCUUUCCCCCCACAUCCAACCCUCUAUUUCCGCCAACAGCAGGAGGGUUAUCACAUGAUGCACCUGGUGUGUGCCUCCCGUAGCCCCCCAGCGUCGCCCACGCCCCGCAGCUCCGCCCCCAGCCCUGUGACCUCUGACCCCAGCUCCAGCUCUGGGGUACGUCCAAUGGUGUGGAGUCAUUCUGUGGAGCUCAACAAUUCAAUCAGAUAUAAAUUAAAUGUCUAGAACACAUAACAGAAUGCUCUGUCAUGUGGAAUGGAGAGUCGGGUGGGGUCUAUAUGAUACAUUUCUACUUGGUGACUUGGAACGUAUCCCUUAGUUGUCUUUGCAGUAGGGCUGGGUGAUAUGGCCAAAAUAUCAUAUCACAAUAUUUUUAAAUUUUUUUACGGUAUUGGAGGUUUUUGAAUAAAAGUUUAAAUAUGCUUUAUUAGUAGUGCAUGACCCUAGGGUGGCAACACAUACAUUCUAAGUGUUUUUAAUAGGCUUUGUACAUUCAAUGAAACUUCAACCAAAAGUUGGAAUAUAGUGGGCACUUUGAAUCCAGUGUUUGACACAAUGAAUGAAAAAGCAAGGGAGGGGUUAUUGUGACAGGGUAGGAACCAAAGUGUUGGUCAGUGUUUCCCAUUGGACCCUAAUUAAUGUUACAUUAAAUGUUUUCACUUACUGUAGCUUUGAUGUAGCUAAAAUAUGAAUGCUUCUCCUAUUCCUCUCAGAUUUAGGAUAUACCGAAUGCUUAUGGAAAGCAGCACCGUUGUCACCAACAUCUGCAGCAUUGACCAUGCAUUGACUUGAAGCAUUGACUUCAAGUGGUUGUUGUGACAUGUGGUAGCGCAAAAACUGCUCUCCUUGAGUGACGGGGCGGGUCUUGGUGUGUGUGGAAGGAGAGAGACGACUCAAGUAGCAAACUGAGUAAACUAUAAAAACUGACAUUAUUACACACGGUGGAAUGGCAUAACACAUUUAACAAAACAAACAUUGAAAUACCGUUAUACAAGGUAAAGUAAAAACCCAAACCUGACCGUGCAUCAAUACUGGUAUAUAGUCAAAUACGGUAUACCGCCCAGCCCUACUUUGCAGCAGUCCUUAUUCCCAUAGUAGCAUUGUUUUUUUAACCAAUAUAUUAAUGUUUUUUUGUGAGUAAAAGUUGUUAUUCCUCUUUCCUACUUUGCUGGUUUAUGAUUGGUGUAUGUCUUGUCACUCAGAGUUCAGACAGUGCUGGCUCCACCUCCCAAGCCACGACACCAAAUCAGGACAGUCAGUCCGCCUCCUCCUUAGUAGCAGGAAGUUAUGAUGGACUAAGGCAUCGUGGAGGCUUCCCCCAAUUUAACCCUCAAAAUCCUACCUCCACUGCUAUAACGCAAUGGUAAGCACUGUUCUCGUGUAUUGGGAUCAAUUCUACUUCCGUUUCUACCUAGUCAGGAAAUGAAGUGAAGUUCAAUUUAAAACUUUAAAAGAUGGGGGGGGGGGGGGAUGCAGAAAAUAUUGUGUGUGCAUGGUUUUUGAAUGCGUGUGUGACUUUGUUUUUCCUCCACAGGCCAGAUGGGACGCAGGUCCCAGUACAGGGGGGUAUGGCUGCAGGUGUGCCCCCCCACCCCAUGUACAUGCCCAUGCAGGUCCUCUGGUGGCAGCAGAUGUAUGCACGCCACUACUACAUGCAAUAGUAAGUCAGGGUCGUCUGCACUUAGGGCCCAAUCCUAACAACCCGUAAGGACCACAGACUUCUCUACGUGGGAAUGAGUUAUAUUCACUAACUUCUAUCCGGUAAGACUUAUUUAUGUUUUUCUUUCUCUCCCCCAAUCUCUCCCAGUCAAGCAGCAGUGGCAGCCUCACAGCCCCCCUCCCCCCCCAGUCCCACCCUCUCCCCCCAACCCGCACAGCCCAAUGAAGCUCCGCCUCCCCGGGGGCCUAACCCCGCCCCUAACCCCAUCCCAGAGGACAGGCCGGCCAAUCCCAACAUCCAGAUGAAUGCCCAGGGUGGGGCCGUACUUGACGAGGACGAGUUGAACCGUGAUUGGCUGGACUGGAUGUACACGGUCUCCCGCGCCGCCAUCUUGCUCAGCAUCGUGUAUUUCUACUCCUCCUUUGGCCGCUUCGUCAUGGUGAUAGGCGCCAUGCUGCUCGUCUUCUUGUGAGUUCUCAUCUGUACACUAUCAGUUUGACAUUAGAAUGGAUACUUUUGAAGGACCCUGUUUACUUUGUAUCUGUGUGUGAGAUACUCAUUUUGUGAUUGUGUGUGUUAACUAGGCACAGGGCUGGUUGGUUCCCUUUUAGGCCAGAGCUGCAGAACCCCAGAGGAGGUGGAGGAGGAGCGGGGUUAGCUCAUCAGGAUGAGGCAGAGAGACACCAGGACAUCCAGGAGAUGGUGGGUGCUCCCCGUCUAAGAAGGACCCCAUCUCUGUCUGUGUGGUUAUGUUUUUCUGUCUGAUCUGUCUCUGUGUCGAAGCUGGUCCACAUUCUCUCUCUCCAUUUCUGCUUUUCAAACCGAUGGUCCUUCUCUUAUUCUCUUUCUUUUUCUCAUCCUGUUUCUCUCCAUUUCAGGAGCGGAUCAUGGAUGAAGGGCUGGAGGAUGAGGAGGGCGACAGUGGAGAGGAAGGCCCAGAGGACCCGGCAGCCCCCGCUGCCCCCCGCCACCACGGCUUCCUGGCCGCCGCCUGGUCCUUCAUCAGCACCUUCUUCACCUCCCUCAUCCCAGAGGGACCCCCCCAACCCGCCAACUAAACCAUGGAGGGAGACACCCCUCCUCCCCACCAACAAACUCCCAUGCUGCCAACUAAAAGACUGUAAAAAGAGCUGCACAGCAGAGGUGUGCAGUGUGGGAGAAGUCUUGAAUAAAUCAAUGAACAUCGAACAAACUAACAUGUUAUGCCAUGUUAAACAAGCUAACGAUGCUUUAUAUUCCCGAGGCUUCUCUGCUUUGAGCAUACAAACCGGUACACACACCUUUUUCCUUUGAUCAUGUCUGCUCAUUCAGAUUUUGGUGGCAUUGAAAGGCCUCGAAGGGUCUUCCAUUUUAAGCAGUAAUACAGCCAUUGCAUUUAUUGUUUUGUUUUUUUGAGACUAGAUGAAAGGACACACCUAAAUGUGUAUGAAUAUUGCAGUGACUGUAGCACAUAUGUUUCUCCCUCUGUGUAUAUGAGCAUUAUCUAUUUACAUAUAAGUAUAUACAUCUUAAUUCCUGACAAAAUGGGUUUUUGAAUAAAAGCCUUGUGGUUUCAUAUGUGUGAACUGCCUUCUAUGAUUGGUUCAAUUGAAGGACAAGUGAGAUGUUCUCUAUUUGACCUACUGUAUUUGGGAGUACUAAAUGGAAGUUAGUGCUCUUUUUCAUCUGGUGCAGUUGACAUAGUGGAAUUUAAUCAUCCAGUCAAAGCCCUGUAACCAUAGAUAUCCUAUAAUGAAUAUUCUAUUCGUGAAACAGCUUAGAUAACUCAGGAAUUCUACUUCAUUCAAUUGAUAGGAUUGGUUCCAUUGAAUGACACUCGAGGUUCUCUAAUUGUCCUACAGGUGGUGCCAUUGUAAACAAAAUAUUAAAAAAGCUCUGACUGAUUUUUAG